CCAGCCAGUGCCAGACAAUAAUAAUAUAAUAUUUUGUUUCUAUAAAAUAAAAUAAAGGCAAAGAAGAGGAAUAUUCAGAUCCUUUACGUGCUGACCUGGCAACUGCCACCGGCUGCCAUCCUCACUGUCCUCCUUCCGAUCCCAAUAAUCUCAACAACGCCUUCCCUCUCCCUCCCUCCCUCCCGCGGCUGCUCUUCCGCCGUUACCAUCGCCCCAACACCACCGCCGCCCUUCUAAUUGUAGCCGCCCGCGCCACUGUCAUUUCCGUUUCCCGCUCACUAUCCCCGCCUUCCGCUACUUUCCCUCCCUCUCAGAUCCCGAUUCCCCUCUACCCCGGCUCCGAUUCAGGUACAUGCAUUCCCUGCCGCCAAUUUGCAGUGUAUUGGGUUGCCCAGAAACUCUGCUAUGGGAACUGAGGAGAUUAAGGGAGAAGUGGGCGAUUGGUUUUCACAAUUGGCAUAUGAACAAUGGGUGCCAAUUCCUGUUUCUAGCACAAGACCAUCAGCUCGCUACAAGCAUGCCGCUGCCAUUGGUGAUGAUAAGUUAUAUAUAUUUGGCGGGAGUCGUAAUGGUCGGUACCUAUCUGAUAUACAGGUUUUUGAUUUCGGAAGUUUCGUUUGGUCUAGCAUUAAACCAAAAAUUGAACUGAAUGGUCAUAGAGUUGAGGAAGCGGGAUCACAGGAUGCUCUUCCUGCCACGUCAGACCACAGCAUGGUCAAGUGGGAAAACAAGCUGCUGCUACUCAGUGGGCACUCCAAAAACUCUUCUGAUAGCAUGAUAGUGCAUUUCAUUGAUCUACAAACACAACAAUGUGGUAUCCUCGAGACCUCAGGAAAUUCUCCUUCCACUCGAGGGGGAUACUCUGCUACAAUUGUUGGUUCUAGACUUGUGAUAUUUGGCGGAGAAGAUCGGAGUAGGAAGCUGCUGAAUGACAUACACACCCUUAAUCUUGAAACCCUGAUUUGGGAAUUGGUGGAAUCAUUGCAGACACCUCCAGCUCCGCGAUUUGACCACACUGCAGCAGUAAAUGCAGGGCGCUACCUUUUGGUAUUUGGUGGUUGUUCUCAUUCGAUCUUCUUCAACGAUUUUCAUGUGCUUGACCUACAAACAAUGGAGUGGACCCAACCAGAGAUUCAAGGUGAUUUGGUGACUCCUAGGGCUGGUCACGCUGGUGUAACCAUUGAUGAGAACUGGUACAUCGUUGGUGGGGGAGAUAAUAAAAAUGGUUGUUUAGAGACCCUUGCAUUGAACAUGCCCAAGCUUUCCUGGUCAACAUUGACCAGCGUAAAGGAAAGGCAUCCACUUGCCAGUGAGGGGCUAAGGGUUUGCUCAGCAUUGAUCAAUGGGGAGAAGUACUUGGCUGCUUUUGGUGGUUAUAAUGGGAAAUAUACUAAUGAGGUCUUUGUUAUGCGACUGAAACCCAGAGACACUUUACGGCCCAAAAUUUAUCAGUCACCAGCAGCUGCAGCAGCAGCCGCUUCUGUUACAGCUGCAUAUGCCUGGUCCAAAUCUGAGAAGUUGGAUGCUUCCCGCCUAGAAGCAAACUGGAGAGAACAAGGUAAAAAGAAACCUUCUGAAGAAGACCUCACUAUUGAAAUUGAUACAAUAAAGGAAGACAAAAAGAUACUGGAAGUAUCCCUAGCAGAUGUCAGAGCUGAGAAUUCUAGGCUCAGGGAAAAGAUCGAUGAAGUUAACAGUACUCAUGCUGAUUUAUCCAAGGAACUCCAUUCUGUGCAGGGUCAAUUGGUGACUGAGAGAUCGAGAUGCUUUAAACUCGAGGCACAAAUUGCAGAGCUGCAGAAGGCACUUGAAUCAUUGGAGUCAAUAGAGAAUGAAGUCCAACUACUCCGGAGACAGAAAUCUGUUCUGGAACAGGAGAUUGAGAUGAAUGAUGCCGCUCAAAAGCAGGGUUCUGGCGUCUGGCGUUGGAUAGCUGGGUGAAAACACUACUACUGCAGGCAAUGCAUCGAGCUUUUGGUUCCUACCAUUUUUGUGAAGAUACCGUUGGCUGACAUCGCUGGAACUGGAUUCCAGAGGAUCUGAAGCUGCAAAACAUUUGAUACAUCUACUUUUCUCUCGGAGAUGCUCUGGUAUCAGGAACUACAGAUACAAUCGAAGAUCACCUCUUGUAUGAAUUCCGAAGAUCCAUAUCAUUACCUGCCAUGACGAACUGAUGUUGUUGCUGUUAUAAUCUUAAGUUAUUGGUUUGUUUGCUCUUCUCCUUGCCCAAAAUGAGGAAUUGUAUCACUUUUGCUAGUGAGAUUCAUCUUCUCUUACAAACUUAUACACACAGAGCGCUACUUUCUUUUCUUUGUUUACGUUGUUAAUUCAAUGGGAAGUCCCAAGAUAAUAGCAGCACGCUACAGAUAAGUUUAUGUAGCCAAUUACUGAAUCUGUAAACUAAACUUUUUGCAGUUUCGUCCAUUUCUAGUGAAAGCUUUCGUGAUGGAUAAGCUUCUAAGUUCCAUUCAUAUUGGUUGAAAUAGAAGACAUUUUCGCACACUAAAAAGUAGCAGACAUAAUUACAAUACCUUUCCGAAAUCGACCUGAAAGUAAGUAGAGGCAGACAAACUACACUCCCCUCGGCUACCUAUUGAACCUAUAACUGGACAAUCACAUAUCAGUAUCACUGAUACCAAGUGAACAUAUACCGGACUUCUUUACGCUCUACAAGGGAAAAGAACACGUCUUCUGAAAUCUCCAUCAUCCCGGCACUAGUCCCAUAAACACCAUUCAUUAUCUUCACAUCUUUCAGUUGAUGCCGCCAACAGGUACCAUUGCCACAACAGUUGCUGGGAUUGACGUUCAUAAGCUUCCCGCAGAUGUACUCUGAAAAUAAGAAGCUGUACUUUAGUUGUUUCGGAAGGCGUUGAGUUAUACCCACGAACUGAGGACGGCAUGCCCAGAACAGACCAUCAAGAAGGUUAGCACACGCCUUCAAAGUAUCCUGGUACGAGGAAUUCUCCCCAAAUUGUAAAUGUUGAACAACCGGAGGAGGGGAAGUGCAAUCAGCUUGGCUCAAGUCGAAUGACACCUUUCAAUUGGCACAUACACAGACAAACAAGAAUGGUUUAGUCGAUUAAAAGUUAAAACACAUUUCUGUACACGCAUAUUGUAAACAUUCAUCGAGAGAGUCAGAAAGGUCCAUAUACCUGCUUAAAGAAUCCUGCUCCAUCCAACUUCAAUGCCGUGCUACGCAUUGGCAAUUCGAUGCCACACUAAGGACAUUGGUUUUGCCAAGCAACCCAGAGCCACGUCUGGAGUAGUAGAGAUUAACCAGAUUGGGAGCAUCAAUCUCAAGCUCCUUCAAUGCCUCCAUUGGGCGGAAAUCGUCGAUCCUGAAAUGCUGAAGCUUAUCACUCGAAAUCCUUAUUCUACUGUUGCUGCAGGACUCCUUGAUCACAAAAUGAAGAGACUCCAAAGAUGGCAACUUGGAAAUCAAAUCAUCAAGAUCAGACUCUGUAAACCCCUUGGAGUCACUAAAUUCUAGCACUCUGAGACUGGGGGCUGAAGAUGAAGAUACCACUUUCAGCUUACAUUGCCCUGUGUGUUUAAUGUCCAGACUCUCCAGUAGUGGGGCUGCAGCUAGCUGAAGUUCAAUCAGGGAAUGCGGCUGCUCAAUUUUUAGGGUUUUCAAGUUUGGAAGAUUACCAUCGACGGAGAUCUCCAGCCUCUCCAAUUCAACGAGCGAUUCCAAACGCAGUGACUCCAGACGUGGGGCAUUAUCAAUGAAGCUGCGGACGACGCUUUCCUCGACCCUGACAUUUUGGAGAUGAAGAACCCUAAGACUGUCGAGGGAAACUGAGCGGUUUCGGAAUCCAUCGUCACCAAAUCUGCAACCUCUCAGCUUCAGAACCUCGGUGCGACUGCAAUUGGAGAGCAUCCCCUCGGGGAAACCAUGGAACCCGCCGGUUUCGACUACUAUCUCAAUCGGCGAUAGGGUAUGACUGACGGCCAACGCCGCUGCCGCUGCCAGCAACGCGGUGAGUUCCUCACCAGCGAAAUCGCGAUUGGGCGGCGACGAGAUCCUGAAAACGUCCAACGGCACCCCGUAAUUGUCAUGAAUCAAGAGUCUCCUUGACCAGGAGGCGGCGAAGCUGCGGAACUUUUGGCCCAAAUCACACCGACGAUCGGCGAAGUCCUCGUGGCGAAAUUCCAGCACCGGGUACGAGCGCCAGAAUUGGAGCCAACUUCUGGACAAGGCGCUGGUUCUCGCUACCUGAACUGGAGAGUUCAGGCGGUCCAGAAUAUUGUGAAUGAUUUUGAUGGGAAGCGCUGAAAUUCGAUCGGUGCCGCCGGCUGCGUCGAUCAUCGGCUGCUUUUUCAUAGCUCUGUCUCGGGGUUUCU